UGAAAAAAAACAAUCUUUGAAGGUUAAGACAACCAGACAAUGUACGAUCUUGAGAAAAGAGAAAAACUUAAUGAAAUUGUUGAACUUAUGAAGAAAAAUGAUUGGCAAGCAGUUCUUGAUAUUUUCCAGGAAGACGAGGACUACAGGGAACCCCUUCUAGUCUGGAUUCGACCUUCAAUUAGUCUUGUAAACUUCUUGGAACAGGAGUUAAGUAGGCUAGGGUUGAAGAAAAUAUCAAGUAUUGGUUGUGGUUGUGGUGCACUGGAAUGGAUAAUACAGGAAGCCUCUGAUUUGGAGGUUUAUGGAUUUGAGGUGAAUAAAGGUUGGUGGGAGGGCCCUCAUUCUACUCCUCAUUAUAUACCCUUAGAAUAUGUGACGGAAAAGGGUCAGCUCACUAGAAUAUCGGAUGAUUCCGCUAUUAUGUUCUGCUAUUUCAAUAAUAUGGAAUACUUUCAUCAAUAUCUGGACAAUUACACAGGUCCUUGUGUUAUAUUAAUAGGACCUAUAGAUGGACUCAGACAUUGUGAACCUGAACCUGGGUAUUUAGAACAGUUUAAAACGGAAUGGAUUUUACAGGGGACUUAUAUCCUGCAGCCCAGGGGACUUAUAUCCUGCAGCCUAGGGGACCUAUAUCCUGCAGCCCAGGGGACCUUUAUCAUGCAGCCCAGGGGACCUAUAUCCUGCAGCCCAAAGGACUUAUAUCCUGCAGCCCAGGGGACCUAUAUACUGCAGCCCAGGGGACCUAUAUCCUGCAGCCCAGGGGACUUAUAUCCUGCAGCCCAGGCGACUUAUAUCCUGCAGCCCAGGUGACCUAUUGAUUGCAGCCCAGGGGACCCAUAUCCUGCAGCCCAGGGGACCUAUAUCCUGAAGCCCAGGGGACUUAUAUACUGCAGCCCAGGGAACCUAUAUCCUGCAGCCCAGGGGACUUAUAUCCUGCAGCCCAUGGGACUUAUUUCCUGCAGCCCAGGUGACCUAUAUCCUGCAGCCAAGGGGACCUAUAUCCUGCAGCCCAGGGGACUUAAAUCCUGCAGCCCAGGGGACUUAUAUCCUGCAGCCCAGGGGACUUAUAUCCUGCAGCCCAGGGGACUUAUAUCCU